AUUUGUGGACCAUAGAACACAGUACCACAAUUUGCUGUCUGAUUUAGAUACCAUAAAUUUUUCUCAAUCUCUGCUUCUAUGGUUGUAAAAUCUCAAGAACCCCUGUUCAAAAUUGAGCACACCCGGAAUUUUCUUUGACCCGACCGGAUUAGUUCUGGUAUCUCCACUCUCAACUUCCUUCACUGUCCCCUGAAUUCUUGGGUUCAUGCAGCAACCAUUGCUUAUUUCAGUUCCAGAGGAACUAAUGGAUGAAGCGCCGCCAUCAAAGUCACUAUGGCAAUAUAUCUCGGCCUAUUGGACAAUGCUUUGUGAAAUGUAUUACAACAAGCUGAUUUCACAUUGGAUUCUUCUGUUUCUAAGUAGCAUGGGGAUGCUUGUUCCAUUCCCUGCUUCUAGCCUCUUGUCCCGUUUAUAUUUUGCAAAUGGUGGGAAGAGCAAGUGGAUAAUAUCAUGGGUUUCAGUUGCAGGAUGGCCUAUGAUCGCGAUAGUCCUAAUUCCCUCAUACUUUUUUCUUAAAGUGUUCCCGACGCCACUUGACUUAAAACUAACUUUAUCUUAUGUUGUCUUGGGAUUCUUGAGUGCUGCUGACAACCUCAUGUAUGCAUAUGCCUAUGCCUACCUGCCAGCAUCAACCGCUGCUCUUUUAGCCUCGACUUCACUGGUAUUCUCUGCAUUAUUCGGAUAUGUUCUCGUGAAAAACACUAUGAAUCUAUCAAUUAUAAAUUCUAUUGUGAUCAUCACUGCUGCCAUGACGAUCAUUGCUCUUGAUUCAAGUUCAGACAGGUAUGGAUACAUCACCGACCGUCAGUACAUAAUUGGUUUUGUGUGGGAUAUACUGGGAUCUGCACUCCAUGGUCUGAUUUUCGCCUUAUCAGAGUUAAUUUUUGUUAAAUUACUCAGUAAAAGGUCUUUCCUUGUUGUUCUUGAGCAGCAACUCAUGGUUUCCCUCUUUGCCUUUAUAUUCACAACAAUCGGACUUGUUAUGAGCAACGGUUUCCAUGGGAUGAAAUCUGAGGCAAGUACAUUCAAGGGUGGGGAAAACGCGUAUUACUCAGUUAUCAUUUGGGGGAUUAUCACUUUCCAGUUGGGAGUGUUGGGAGCCACCGCGGUUGUUUUCCUCUCAUCCACUGUCUUGGCUGGUGUCCUUAACGCUGUAAGAGUACCGAUUACUAGCAUUGCAGCUGUGAUAUUGUUGCAUGAUCCUAUGAGUGGUUUCAAGAUCCUGUCUUUGAUUAUUACAUUCUGGGGAUUUGGCUCUUAUAUUUACGGUAGCUAUAGUCCCGCGAAAAAGGAAGCCCCCAGAACUAUUUCUUAGUUUUCGUGUUUUCCUCCAUUGAUAAAGGAUUGAAGAUCACAAAAUUUUAUGUAUAUGUACUAGCUAAUUCUGUUGAAACCUAUA